AUGCAAACGCCGACCCGCUCCCUCUGGAUCGGGAACCUCGAUAGCUCCGUCACCAGCGAACAGCUCAUCCACGUGUUCGCCCCGUACGGUGCCAUCGAGUCGCUCAGGUUGCUGCCUGAGAAGGAAUGUGGCUUCGUGAACUUUGUCGACCAGGCGGACGCGAUCCGCGCCAAGGAGGACGUCCUGAACCGCCUGGGCGGAGACGUUGGCAUGCCGAACGGGCAGACCGUCCGCAUUGGCUUCGGAAAGGCUGAUAGCGCGCCGGUCGCUCCCGCGAAAGUCACGAACAUGAACAGCCCGUCGGCGACCUCGCCUGGUGGCGGGCUUGGUAAAGCGACGGGUAACAACGUCGGGCUGGCGGGCAUGGAUGCGCAGCUGCAGUCUACCCCAACAAGAGCGCUCUGGAUCGGGUCGAUUCCAUCGACGACUACGCCCGCGACCAUUCUUAGCGUGUUCAGCCCGUACGGCCCCAUCGAGUCUGCGAGGGUUCUCACGCACAAGAACUGUGGCUUCAGUAAGGUUUCGUCUGUCGUCUGUGUACAUGAGGUUGUUCGGGAGGUUGAUGUUGGUGCCCCAGUCAACUUCGAGCGUCUUGACGAUGCAGUUCGCGCUCGCAAGGCUCUCAACGGCCGCGACGGCCUGGGCAGCGACGUCGGCGCUAUCCGCAUCGACUUCGCCAAGGUGCCCGUCAAGAACGGUUCAGAGGGCACCGGCGGACAAGACGAGGGCAACGGCCUCAACGUCCAGGGCGUCGGCGAUCUGAGCGUCGGCGCGACAAUACACGCGCUGCGCAACAUCAAGGGCGCGACCACUAUUCCCGUCGACCAACAGGUCCUCAGCGGUGAGGUAGAGAACUACCGCUCGAACCUGUCACUGAGCAUGAUCGCCUCUGGGGCGCAUGCUGGCAUGUUCGACUCGGCUGGCAAGCCUGCGGGUUGGACUACGGCGGUUACGGAGCAGCAGAUGGUCAUGAAGGAGCUCAGUGGUGGAAGUCCUGAUGCUGAGGCUGACGUUCAGGCCCUUGCAGAGUUCCGCCCUCCGAUGAUGUACUACACGACGAUCCCGCUGGUGUCUGAGAGGCCUCACAACAGACGGUGGGAUGCGUCGAAGCUGCGUGAGCUCCGCAAGAGGCUCGACACGAGCACGAUCUCCACCGAAGAAGUUGACAAUACCGCGGCCGACUUCCUCGACGGGGAGAUUGUUGACCUCGCGUCCGACUGGCUUGGUAACACGUUAUGUCUCCCUUCGGAUGUCCGCCAUCGAUCUGACAAGUGCCUCUACGUCGUGCAAAAGCUUUUCGAGAAGUGCUCUCCAACGCCUCGCCUUGCCAUGCUCGAGCGCCUCAGCCGGCACCUCGCUAUGAUCGGUAUCCACAAAAACGGCACGUGGGCUGCGCAGAAGAUCAUCGAGUGCGUGCAGACUGCAGACGAAGUGGCUCUCGUCACGCAGAACUUGAGGCCCUACGUCCCGCCGCUCUUGUUGGACCAGUUCGGUAACUACGUCAUGUGUCUGCGCUUCGGUGCACCCGCCACCGAUUUCUUGUUCGACGCGAUGGCCGACCGUCUCUGGGAGAUCGCUCAAGGCCGCUUCGGAGCUCGUAGCAUGCGUGCCUGCCUCGAGAGCAGCAACAUCACUGUCAGCCAGCAGCGCCGCAUCGCUACUGCGAUCAUCCUGAACUCGAUCCCGUUGGCGACAAACCCGAACGACGCGCUGCUCCUGACGUGGCUGCUGGACACGUCGAACUUCCCGUCGAGGUAUAACUUGCUCGCGCCUCGAUUCACGCCGCACCUCUCGCACCUAUGCACCCACAAACUCGCAUCGCUCACAGUGCUCAGGAUCGUCAACCAGAAGGUCGAGCCCGAGGCGUCUACGCAGAUCGUCGAGGCCCUCUUCUCGUCGCCGGGCGAUCACGUCCUUACCGACGUGCUGGGCGAUCAGGUUAACGGUGUUGCCGUUGUCCACAAGAUCUUGACGAGCCCCUUCGUUGACCCUACCCAGCGCCCGAGCUACGUAGAGGCCACCAAAAGGGUACUGAUUGAGUUGAAGGUCGGCGCCCUCAGCUGCGUCCGCCAAAAGGUGUCGCGAGCGAGGGAGCUCGAGGCAGAACAGGGGAUAGGUGCUCGACACAGGCCCCCCGCGCUGCGCGCCUUGGCUUCCGGCGGCUCUCCUCCUAAUAACGACCUAUCUUCGUCUAUGAACUCCCCAGGCGACAACGGUGACCUGCCGCCGACCAACUACCCCGCGGGCUUCCGGAGGGCGAGGGCGGGGACCUUGCCCUCCAAUGUCCAGCUCGCAGCUCAGCGCUUCGCCGCGGCAUCGAGCACGCUGAGCAGCUCGACAGCAGCGGCAGCUGCCACUGCGUCGACGGGCUCGUUUCAGGAGCAGCUCCAGCGACAGAGCUUCGCACCGCCCGCGUCGACGGCCCCCGUGCGACCUGGUUUACGUCACUCGGCCUCGGUCGCUUCUUCAGCUGCUUCCUCUGCAUUGACUGAGCGGGACAGCCGCCUCCGCUCUGGCUCACUCACCCUCCCCUCGGGCGGUCUCUCCAACGCGUUCGGCUCGUCCCUCUUUUCGUCGACCUGGAUGCCCAGCCGCAACGGUGGUAUGCCCGUGCUGGACGAUCUGCGCUCAGUGACGUCCAUGGACUCCGGCGCAGAUGAUUUCGAUGUCCACACGCUGGACUAUCUGGGUCUUGACGAGACCCUCCGCCACCCGCCCGCUGCUACCAUCUCGGAGCUACGCAAUCAGGCCCAAGCCGCGAUCGCAGGCAAUCUCGCUGCGAACCCGUCUAGGCUUCGCGCUACUACCGUGUCCAACCCGUACCGGCCUUCUGCAGGCGCUUCUCUGCUCGCCACUCCCAGUGCAGAGGAAGAAGAGGAGCUUUAUGAUGAGCGUAUGUACGGCAGGCAGAGUCUCAACGCCUACCAGGACACGGAGAGCGACUAUCUCUCCGCUGCGUACGUGGCGAAGGGCUUCAAGCAGAGCGACCACCUCUCCGUCGGUCUUGGUGAUGAAUAG